AUGCCAUUGAAAACGGGACUAUUUCUCAUCCUCUUCUUGUUUACCCUCCAAGCUACCAAAAUCAGAGAUUUAAACAGUGAACACUUGUACCACAUGAGAAAUGUGAAAUACAGACACUUCUUAGAGGCUGUGAAACCAGCCAAACAAACAUCAGGAGCCAGACCCUCUGUGGAUGUAAACAGCCACCGAACAAAGAGAUCGACAGUAUUUAGUACAGGGGUGAAAGUGUGUCCACACGAGAACAUGGCAGAGGUCAUAACCAGCCACAAAGCCUACUACAAACUCAGAGUUUGUCAGGAAGCUGUGUGGGAGGCAUUCCAGAUAUUUCUAGACAGGGUUCCUGACACCAUGGAGUAUCAGCAGUGGGUGUAUGCCUGUCAGAGGGACUCACUCUGUGCAGAAGAUCUGGCUCAAAACUUCACUAGCACCCAGGAACACCUUGACAUGGUGGCCAAGAGAGUAAAUGCUCGAGAUGGAACUGAAAGGGCUCUGCCAGAAACAACACCUGGAGAGAAGUGUUCAAAAACUCCCUCGGAAUUGUUAAUAAUUGAAACAGAAAAGCAAACUGAAGUUGUCAGUGUUAUGCCCGGAGACAUGGUGGAGCACAUAAUUGAGUUCACUGUAACCAUAGUGGACCCAGUUUACAGUGGUUUACUGAGUGACCCAAAAACACCUCAACACCAAGACUUCACACAUAGACUUCAAGAACAAAUGCUGCAUGUAUUUGACAAACUUCCAGGGUUUAAGGAGAUUCGAUUGCUAGGAUUUCGAUCUGGGGGUGUUGUGGCCCAUUAUGCUGUGGUUUUUGAGACCAAAGCGCAAAGUGGGGCGGACACAAUUGCAGAUGAAUCAGACACAGAAGCAAGCCUAAAAGAUAUGGUGGUCAAGGCCCUGAGUGAGGAGUCUUCCCUACCAAUGGAUAUCCAUUCACUCAGUUUUCAGUCAGAUAACACAGAGGAUGCAAUUUCACCUGGGAGAAUCAGUACAGAAAAAACAAAAUUCCCCCUUGAGACAAGUCCUGAAGUUACUGAGGCUGUUGUAACAGUGACUGAGGUACAAACUGGUUCUGACAUGGCCCCAGUUGGGGAAACCACAGAGAAUGUCUAUCAUCUUCCUGGAGAGAUGGGGGAAGAGAUUACAACAUUAGUAUCUAUAAUGGAGCAGUCUUCUACUGAGUUAGACGGAGGUCCACAGACAGAGGACAAGGAUAUGACUUCAGAGAAAGAAAUUGUGAUUACUGAAGCAACGGAAGGCUUCCUAAGGACUACCACAGGGGCUUACUCAUCAAAGACGUCAGAGGACCAGGAAAGUGAAGAAAAUGAAAUUGUUGCCACAGCUGUGCCAUUGGACUUGAAGCAUCUUGAAGGAAUUAUAGCACAAACUCCUAGCCAGUCUUCUGUGGAUGUCGUUGCAACAUCAAAAACCUCCACAGCAUCAACAAUCCAAACUAAUGUAGUAACAGUGGUCACUCAAUCUACAAUGUCCAGCGAUGUACUCAAAGAGCCUCUCACUCCAAGAGACGGAUCAACUGGAUACAACCCACCAACUACGAGCCCUUCAGUAUCCCCCACAUUUGAACCUAUCCAACCAAUAGACAUUCCUUUGUCACCUACAGUACCUACAGCAGCAUCAGUAGAGUCCCUAUCAGUCCCCAAUAAGAUUGAAACCAUCCAAACAGUAGAACCCCCUACAAUACCACUUCUACCUGAAACUAUCCCUCCUGUAGAGAUACCAUUAGUACCAACUCCAACUACUAGCACAGCAACCCCCAGAACUCUGAAUGUGGAUGGGAGACUAUUCCGGACAGCCCCGCCUCCUCAGCCAAAUGAUGUCCCCAAUGAUUAUACAGACAUGCAGGAAGAUGUGGAACAGACAGAGGAGGAUGUUGAACUACAGGGCUCAGGCAGUGGUCUACCGUCUGAGAAUGCUGAUGGCCCGUAUGAGUCUGCAGCACCACCAUCACUCAGACCUAUGACACCCUUAAUGUCAGCUGUAAAUCAGGGCAAAGACUUAGUGGUGUUCUUUAGUUUGCGGGUGACUAACAUGAUGUUUUCCGAGGACCUUUUCAACAAGAGCUCUCCUGAGUACAAAUCACUGGAGAAUACAUUUCUUGAGCUGAGACAGUUCUCUGAGCCCAAAGACAGGCCACAACCAGGAGCGCCAAGUAAAUAUCAGACUGGGAGACAGAGGACUCUGGCCUCAAUACCGAUUCUUCCCUAUCUACAGUCCAAUUUGACAGGAUUUAAGGAGUUACAGAUCCUUAACUUCAGGAAUGGCAGCGUGGUUGUGAAUAGCAAAAUGAAACUAGCCAAACCAGUGCCAGAUAAUGUAACUGAGGCUGUGCACUGUGUGUUGGAAGAUUUCUGCAAUGCUGCGUCCAAGAGAUUGGACAUUGAGAUUGACAGCCGAUCACUGGAUGUAGAAGCUGCUGACUAUGCAGAUCCAUGCAAGUUUAUGGCCUGCAAUGAGUUCUCUCGGUGUGUGGUGAAUACCCUGACCUCAGAGGCUGAGUGUCUGUGUGACCCAGGCUAUAACUCAGUGGAUGGUCUACCCUGUCAGAGCAUAUGCAAUCUCCAGCCUGAUUAUUGCCUCAACGGGGGUCUGUGUGAAAUAAUCCCAGGGCAUGGAGCCACCUGCAGAUGUCCUGUAGGCAAAUUCUGGCACUAUCAUGGGGAGCGCUGCAAUGAACUGGUUUCUCUCCCAGUUGAUCCACUUCUUUUCGUAGCCUGCCUGGUGGGGAGUCUCACAGUGGUUUGUGCAGUUAUAGGCCUCUUGAUUUUUAUAAACAAGAAAUGCAUACGGACCAGAAAGACAGUGACGCUAGUGCACACACAUUCUCCGUUCCCCUUUGAGAGUACUAUGAGAGUAAACCCAGUUUUUGAGAAUGAUGAUGGUAUCUUGACCCAUGUGUCUAGCAUCCACUGUCCCUUGAGUUCUGAGUCUGGGUCUUCCCAACUUUCUGAUCAAGGCACAUUUGAAUCAGUAGAAAAUAUACACCUCAGUAUUGAGAUCCCCAGACAACUCUACACCACAAGAUCAGAAAAGUUAGUUUCAGAAAUGGUAGAUUUUCACCACUGUAUACCACAUAACGAGACAUGGAGGCGACCUGGUGACUACAGGGCUUCCUGUUACCUUCUGAGAAGACCUGACAGUGAAGGCUUUGAAGUAACUGUUUUAUGA